AUGCCAUCAGAUGUAGAGAAAUUACAAUCUUCUAUAGCUUCAUUUAAAACUGAAAAUGUUACGCCAAUUAAUUCAUUGGAAAAUAUGGGAUUUUUUCAUGCUUUUGUAGCAACUCUUUCAGUAAUUCUAGUUUCCGAAUUAGGCGAUAAAACAUUUUUUAUUGCUGCAAUAAUGGCUAUGAGACACCCCAGGCUAAUUAUAUUUUGUGGUGCAAUUAGUGCUCUUACAGUUAUGACUAUUUUAUCAGUUAUUUUUGGAUACGCAGCUAAUAUAAUUCCACGAGCUUACACUUAUUAUAUUUCCACAGCUUUAUUCGCUUUAUUUGGCUUAAAAAUGUUAAAAGAUGGAUAUUAUAUGUCACCAAACGAAGGUCAAGAAGAACUUGAAGAAGUACAAUCAGAUCUUAGAAAGCGAGAAGAUGAAUUUCAAAAAGAAAGCAGUUCUACGCUCGUUCAAGAUCCUGAAACCGGUAUUAUUAGGAAAUCUCAGAAAAUAAGUACUCUUGUAGUACUUUCAAGAAUAUUUCUACAAGCAUUCUCUCUUACGUUUCUGGCUGAAUGGGGAGAUCGUUCUCAAUUAACAACGAUAAUUCUUGCAGCACGAGAGGAUGUUUUUGGUGUUGUACUUGGUGGAGUUUUAGGACAUUCUUUUUGCACUGGGUUAGCUAUUCUCGGUGGUCGCAUGAUUGCACAAAGAAUAUCAGUGCGAACUGUAACAAUUAUUGGAGGAAUUGUAUUUCUUAUCUUUGCAUUGACAGUUUUAUUUGUCAAACCAGCAGAUGAAAUCUACUGAAAUAAGCUUUAAAAAAUGAAGUAUAUCUUAAUGCUAAAUGCAGAUGUUUGUACAGUAUUAUGAAAAUUUAUUUUUUUAAUCAAUAAUCAUCAAUACCAUUUUAUUGAUAUUUAUU